AUGGACGACGACUUCCCCCUACCACCGCCGCGCCACUCUCGCCAACGUGCGACCGCUCUCCCUCCCAAUCUGCACCAUCAGAGUAAUCAUUUCACCUUCGAGAGCUCCUUGCCUUCAAGUGACCCACCGCUAUUCUCAAGUGAUGAUUUCCAAUUAUCAACUCUCGAGAAUUAUCAUAAUGGCUCGGAGCAGGAGCAGCAGCAAUUGAAUGCGACGACGCGUCCUGGUAGUCGCGGGAGAGUGCCGCAACUGCCGGUGACGAGGAAACGGCAAUAUCGGGGGACAUGGUGGGGGGAGGAAGAAACAGAGAAGGAGAAGCAUGCGGCUGCAGACAAGAAGAGGAGGACUGAAUUUAAGGAUAAACGCAAUUUAGAUAGUGGAGUGUGGUUGGCUAGCGAUGAUUCUGUCGAGUCCGGAAUGUGGAAUACUUGCGCGUCCGGUGCGAAUGGGGUUGGAGGGUUUGCUGAUAUUUCGCCUUAUGGUAAAGAGACUACUGCUUCCUCUACCUCUGCCUCUGCUGCUGCCGUAUCAACUGGCAGCAAUGGAUAUGUUGAAGCUAGAGAGCAAUACUCGGUAUUCCUCCGUGGACCUAUGUUUGCGCGCAGUCGCCAAGUGGAUAAUAAUGCACAAGUUGUCCAGACGAUGACGACGGUGGUGCAAGAGUCAUAUCAACAUAAGCAGGCACGGAAGAUUAUUUCGGAUUGUCUUGAGAUGGGGCAUGAGUUCAUUGACAUCUCCAACCUUAAUAUCGGUUCCAUCCCCUCGGGACUCCUCCGCCCAAUCUCUCAAUUCACCAAGUAUCCCGUAAUCACCCAAAUGGACAAGCCCCGUCCUUCUUUAUCCUUUUCCAUUUCCAGAUCUCCCACCAACUGCGAGCAAUUCUUCAGCUCCUUCGAGCCAUUUCUCUGCCUUUUCAUGACCAACAACCAACUCAAAACCCUAACUGCAGAAGUCUUCGAACUCUCCAACCUCAGCGUUCUGAGCGUGCGGCACAACGAACUGGAACAGGUCCCAGGCUCCAUCAGAAACCUGACCAAGCUGCGCGAGCUGAAUGUGGCGGGCAACCAGCUCUCUUAUCUGCCAUAUGAGGUGCUGCAGCUCUUGCAGAAGAGGGACACGGAACUAAGGCAAUUGACAGUUCAUCCGAACCCGUUCGUGAUGCCUGAUACCUCGAAUGUGGCGCAAUGGCAUUGCCACGUCCGACAAGAUGGCACAUUUGUGGUAAAGGAGAAUGAGGACACGGAGCAAAAAAAAGAUAAAAUAGUAAAUGCAACUCCAUCACCCACAGAAAAACCACUAGCAAUACCCCUACGUGAUCGCAUCCCCAUCACCAUCCCCGUCGCGACAGGUAUUGUGAAAUAUUUCGACGCAGACGGACUCCCUGUAGACGCUCCUGAGACAAAUACCAACAUCAACAUCAAUAUCAACAUCAACAUCCCGUUUUCAUCGUUUUCUUCCCCGUCAUCAUUAUCACAUUCAUUUUCACGCACCCCCACCCUCCGCGAGCUAGCUCUACGUGCCUAUAACCGCGGUCCAAAAAUCUCCCAUCUCAUCGACCCAGACACCUUCGCCGGCCCCGCGAUAACGCUGGAACAUUUAAAACGUGCUGAAAAGGUCCGAGAUGCGGGCGGGAAAUACUGCUCGGUGUGUGCAAGGUCAUUUGUGACUGUCCGCGCGCAGUGGGUAGAGUGGUGGGAUUGCGAGUCUUAUGGGAAUAUGUCGGAUGCUGGUGGUGGUGGUGGUGAUGAUGGCAAUGAGGUCAGUGGGCAGAUGCUGAAGCACAGGCAGAGAGGAAGAUUAUUGAGCCCGCUUCCGUUUUUGAGAGAGGUUUGUUGUUGGGGGUGUGUUCCUGGAUUUUGA